GGAGCCUGGACCGAGGUGAGAGAGGAACACCACCCGGGCGCAGACUCACCGAGCGGCCGCGGCGAGGGGAGCUCUCUGACGCUCUCCCACUCUUUAUUUUAUGUAACUUGUCUCGUUAACUAUUCAUCCCGAGAGUGUCAAGUGAAAGCGGGUAGGCCACGGAGUACCACCCCCCACCCCCCCUUGUUUUCUGAGUUUUGACAGAAGUCCGUUCACUGAGUGCGACAACUGCUCCGGAGCUCCGGUUGGAUUUAUUCAGCGGUCGCGUGUUGUUCAGGGGCGAGAACACCGCGUCGCCUGGUCCCGCACGGACUUCACCACGAAGUGACUUCUGCGCGUCUUCUGGGUAUGCCACAGGCCGUCAGCGUGUCCCCGGACAGGUAACCAGGUGUGUUGCUGCUGUCAUGGCCUUGCCUUCCCUGCGGCUGUUUGCUGUCACUGUGGUCAUAGUCCUGGUGUUGCUGGUGUCGUCUUCAGAGGAACAUGAGUGGAUUUUUGAUUCAGGUCGGUGUCGUUACGCCCUGGGGAUGGAGGAUGGCUUCAUCGCAGACUCUGACAUCACUGCCUCCAGCGCCUGGUCAGACUCCACUGAGGGCAAACAUGGAAGGUUGAGCAGGGGAGAGGGGGAUGGAGCGUGGUGUCCUGCAGUACCCGUUUCUGCCACUGCAUCAGAAUACCUCCAGAUUGACCUGCAGAAACUCCACUUCCUUACUCUAGUUGGUACACAGGGUCGUCAUGCCGACGGGCACGGCCGGGAGUUUGCUCGCAUUUAUCAGCUCCGCUAUACUCGAGAUGGAGUGAAAUGGAUCAUCUGGAAGGACCGCUGGGGCCGGGUGGAGGUGGAUGGUAAUUAUAACACCUACGAUACGGUGCUGAAAGACCUGGGCCGUCCCAUCGUGGCCCGCAUGCUGCGCUUCUACCCCCUGGCUGACCGGGUUAUGAGCGUUUGCCUUCGGGUGGAGCUCUAUGGUUGUGUAUGGAAUGAUGGGUUGACGGCUUACACAGCUCCAGCAGGUCAGGUCAUGCACCUGCCUGGCAUGCCGGUCUACCUAAAUGACUCCUUCUACGACGGGAGCAUUGAGGAAGGGAUGAUGUUCGGAGGCCUUGGUCAGCUGUUUGAUGGCGACUUGGGAGGAGAUAACUUCACAACGACUAAUGUGCUGAGGGUGUGGCCCGGUUACGACUACCUGGGCUGGAACCGGGACACCCUUGGGCAAGGCAGCGUGGACAUCGAGUUCCACUUUGAGAAACCACGCCUCUUCCACGACAUGCAGGUGCACAGUAAUAACCGCUACACCCAGGGCGUCAGAGUCUUCAGCAAGGUGGAAUGUUCUUUUAAGCCUGGCAUCCUGCAGCCCUGGACCUCUCCCACCCUCACCCUGGCUGUGCCCCUGGAGGAUCUGAAGGACCCUUCCUCGCGAAUCAUUGCCAUCCCACUCGGUGGCCGCCCGGCUCAGAUUCUCCGCUGCAAAUUCUACUUUGCUGACAGCUGGCUGCUCAUCAGCGAGAUAGCCUUCCUUACUGAGCCGUUUGUGGCGGAACCCACGCGCCUCUCAUCGAGCAACAGCACCUCCAACUCCACUGCCAGCCCUUCUGAAUUUGCCACUGCGACUCCCAGACCUGGUCUCCCUGUAGCCAAGGAUGACAUCAGCUAUGCAGCUAUUCUGAUCGCCUUCCUGGUGGGCAUCAUCCUUAUUCUGCUGGCCGUAAUAGUCUUCAUUUUGUGGAGACAGCACCUGAAAAAGAUACUGGGCAAGGCCCAGGGUAGCCUGCCAAGUAAUGAGCUGCGGGUCCACCUGUCCGUGCCCUCAGACAAUGUGGUCAUCAACAAUACACACAGCUACUCAAGCCGCUACCAGCGCAUCCACACUUUCCCAGAUGACCAUGACCAAGAUAGAGAGGGAGAAGGAGAGUACCAGGAACCCAGCGCUCUGAUCCGGCCAAGAGAUCACAGAGACAGCACCGCCUUGCUGUUAAACAACCCAGCCUAUCACCUGCUCCUGUCAGAUCACAGAAAAGGCUUGAGACCCCUUGUCGUCCCCAGCACCGCUCAGACUCAGGAAAAGAGCCUCAAUGUGCCCCAGGCUUGUGGUUUGGAUUUGAACAUGGAGAAGGGUUUCCCCCCAAAUCAAGAGGAGCCUCCUCCCUACCCCGGCUCGCCUCCUUACCCUUCCCUCUCUCCCCCUGUAUCUCCCCCACUGCCUCCAAGCGUCCCCCACUAUGCCGAGGCAGACAUUGUGAGCCUGCAGGGUGUCAGCGGUAACAACACCUAUGCCGUGCCCGCAUUGGCCUCUUCGAGCCCAGGGGCAGACGCCACCCCGCUGCCAGAGCUGCCACGCCAGUUUCUAAUCUUCAAGGAGAAACUGGGAGAGGGCCAGUUUGGGGAGGUGCACCUGUGUGAAAUCGAGAACCCGCAGGACCUCCCUAACUUGGAGUUCCCCUUCAAUGUGAGAAAAGGUCGCCCUCUUCUGGUCGCAGUGAAGAUAUUACGACCAGAUGCUUCCAAAAACGCCAGGAACGACUUCCUGAAAGAGGUGAAGAUCCUGUCUCGGCUGAAGGACCCAAACAUCAUCCAGCUGCUCGGAGUGUGUGUGAGCAGUGACCCGCUCUGUAUGGUCACUGAGUACAUGGAAUGUGGAGACUUGAACCAGUAUCUGUCCCAGCGGGUGCUUCUGGAUAAAUCGGGCCCUUCACACAACUCCCCGACCAUCAGUUACCCGGCCCUCAUCUCCAUGGCCAGCCAGAUUGCGUCGGGAAUGAAGUUUCUCUCCUCCCUCAACUUUGUGCACCGAGAUCUGGCCACGCGUAACUGUCUGGUCGGAGGCGAGAGGGGUGAAAGCGGGGAAGAUCGGGGCGGCGAGCGUCACAUCAAGAUAGCCGACUUUGGCAUGAGCAGGAAUCUGUAUGCAGGAGACUACUACAGGAUCCAGGGUAGAGCUGUGCUGCCAAUACGCUGGAUGGCCUGGGAGUGUAUACUCAUGGGUAAGUUCACCACAGCCAGUGACGUGUGGGCGUUCGGGGUCACUCUGUGGGAGAUGCUGAGCGUUUGUCAGGAGCAGCCGUACUCCAACCUCACAGAUGAACAAGUCAUUGACAACGCUGGGGAGUUCUUCAGAGACCAGGGCAGACAGGUGUAUCUGAGCAGACCGGCCGUGUGUCCUCAGGGUCUCUACGAGCUCAUGUUGAGUUGCUGGAACAGAGACUGCAAGCUCCGCCCAUCCUUCGCCCACAUCCACUCCUUCCUCACCGAGGACGCCAUGAACAUGGUGUGAGGGGCGAUUUGGAGAACGUGAAAGAUGGGGCAAAGAUGCAUCCACGCUACAGUGGGAAAGGUGCCUGAAUUGGUGUGGUGGAGGUGCUGCACAACCGAGGCAGACACGAGGGGAAAGUGGGUUGCCAGCUUUUAUAUUAAAUAACUUUUUUUUUCAGGGGUGGGGGAUGGGGCUGAGGCUCCGCUGGUUCGGUUUUAUUUCCUCUUCAGACCCCAACCCCAAAAGCGAAACUAACCCCAGCUUUAGAUAGGGAACAGUCCAAGUUACAUUUCGGGUGUUGGUGGUGGGUGCAGUGUGCAUAGGAAAUAUCUCUCUUCUCAGAUACUUAAGGUACAAGUCAGGGUUUAAUGUGACCGGUGAUCAGAUGCUGUACAUUUCAAAGUGCUGGAAGCUGCUGGAGCUAAAAGGCAGGAAAAAAAUUCCAUACUAUGGCCGAAGGAAGCAAGGCAAUGAACAGCUAUUAACUUUCACAACUCUUCUUCAUUGAACAUCUCCAAUGUAACGUGUUUCUGUGGAAACUGCACACACAGGGAUGGUCUUAGUAUUUAUAGUAUGUAUAGCCUACUUUACAUGUCAUUAUCAGUUAUAUUAAUUUUUUCCCAGUCACAAAUACAUCUGAGAGAAGAUUUUAGCACUGACAUGGUUGAUGGUUAACUUGGCUGUGUCGAACCCAGACUACAAUAGAACUUACCUUUCGUCAAACCUCAAUCUCGGCCCCAGAACCUCAAAUAAAGACCCACAUCCACAGCCCCUGACUGAUUCAUUGUGGAAUAGUGUGGAAUUAUGUGGACCAGACGUCAGCAGCCUCCUUCUGCCACCGAUGCCCCAUUGUAGUCAAAACAUCAGAGAAGCAUUUGAACCCCAUCUUUAAUCCACAGAAGAAGAAAAAGUCUGCCCCUGGUGCCAAAACAGACUUCUCAAAUCAGAGGACAGAUGCACAGGAGCAAUGAGCUUCCUGCUGCUGAUCGAGAUGUGACGCACAAACUGGAACAGCCUUUGUAAGCAGAGAGACAAUGCUGCGAUCUGUUGAUAUAUAUAUAUCUGGCAGAUAAAUGUAAAAUUCCACAAUCAGCUGCACUUUAAAUCCCCCCAGCCAUGAUGAAACUCUUCUCUGCGAGGGGGCCUGAUAUGAUUCCUGUCGAUAUGGAUUCUGAUGCAUCUUACCCGCAGUAAUUUCAUGGUGGUUGUCAGUGGAGAUCAAAAUGCAUCACAGAUGUAUUUUGACAAACUUUUUUGAAAUCCUCUCCCAAACAAGGCAUGGCAAAACCAUUAGAUGUAAAAUAUUAUUUUUAAAUAAAAAUGUAAUGGCACCAUCAGUUCAUCUCAUUUCAAAAGUAUGAAAACUGUUCAGUGUUGAGUCAUGUUUACUCAUCAAUUAGUCUUUUUUUUCGUUCAUCCCAGAUGCAUUAGUGUAUUUUGGAAACAGUUGUGGCGUUGCUCAAACAGGAAAUGCUGCUACAGGCGGUGCUGACUUUAGUGUGAAUGUGAACAUCAACCCCUGCAUCAUCUCAAGUUCAGUACGUUAAGCUGACUGCGGUAGAAUCAAUGUAUCUACCUGCCUGAUUGUAUCGUACUGUAAAUUAGCCGAGAUGAUCAAGAUCAGUAAACACUGUGCUUACUAAUUGUGAAUGGUCGUGCCAUCAGUAAUUUUUGAUACACUGUAGUUCAACUAAACCCAUAUUAUAUAUAUAUAUAUACAGAUAUAUACAGAUAUAUAUAUAUAUAUAUAUAUAUAUAUAUACUGUAUGUACUUAGACACUCCUUGAUGUCGGACUUCAUCCUUUUUACUUUGAAGAUGAACAUUAUAGUUUGUACAUAUUAGGAACAGAAUUGUAAUUUUCCUUUACUAAUAUAUAGAAAGCUCUUUGUUAUAUUGGGGUCUUCUGUAUCUCUGUAGAAUGCUUGCUACCUUCGAAGCCAUUUUAAUUCAUUGCGUUGUCUAUUUUUGUAGAUGUUUUAAUAAAGUUAACCUUUUCAAGUAAACCAA